GUUGAAUGUUCUUUCUUGAUUUCUUUCUAUACGUUGUGCACGUGAUCAUUCAUGAUGUCGUCUCAUUUAAAUUGGAUGAUUAUCCGUAAUAAUAAUGCCUUUCUCUUAAAGAAACGCAACAUUAAUAAACCAUUUUCUACGGAAUCAAACAAUUUGACCAAUUUGAGUAGUUACCGUUAUUCUGGCUUGAUCCACAGAAAAAGUGUUGGUGUAGUUGAUACACCUGAUAAAAAAGGAUUUACAGUAGUUUAUAAAAAAGCUAAAGCCAUGAAUAAGCCUGCAAAAGCCACAGUUCGGUGCACAAUGAAAGCUGGAGCUCGUCGUUCCUUAUAUAAAUUAAAGAGAUUGCUUACUAAAAAUAAAUACCGUGUAGAUCUUACUAAGUCUGCAUUGCGUCGAGCUAGUGCUGUAAUACGUUCCCAAAAGCCUUUACCUGCAAAAAAGAUUCGUAUAACCAAAAAGGCUGACUAAUUUGUAUAUAUUAAUAAACAUACAUUUUAAUGUAAA